AUGGGCUGCGACUCAGAGUGUGUAUGCGUCCACGCCGAGAGCUUGAUCCCACCGCAUGGGGGUAGUAAUCGCGGGACCAGACAGCACUCUAUGAAGGAGACCCUUCUUGGGUACGUUAACGAUAUACCUAUUUCUCACUCUUCUCAUACAACCACCUUACCAACUAUCUACUACCCUAACCACUUACCUGGUUUGAACUUGAACUGGACUGGGGGGGGCGGCGACGACUAA